UGUUAAAUUGCGCAUCGGAAAUUUACUUUUUUAUUCAAAAUCAAGCUAAUACGCUGAGUAAUUAUUAAACUUGAAAAGAAUUAUUAAACAUAUUUCAAAAAAAUAUUAAACAUUGUUUUAUCGAUGCAAUGUAUAAAGAGCUAUACCAAAUAGCUAUAGCAAAGUUUUUGAUAAUUUUUCAUGCAGCGCCAGCUGUAUAUGGUGAGUUUGAAUAGAUAUAAAAAUAUUACGAAUUAUACAGAUGAACGUUAACAAUACUUAAAUAUAAAUAUCAACCUAUAUUUAAUAACUUUCAACUCAUUUUACUUGUUUUUCAUAAACUUUCGGGUACUGUUAAAGACGUAAAAUACUUGAUCUCGAUCAUUUAAACAAAAGUUAAAACUCGAUUUUUAUCCUGAUGUCGCCCAUUAUGCGACGGUGCAGCUCGAAUAUAAACAAAAGAAAAGAAAAAAACGUAACUAGCAUCGUGGGGUGUGAAUACCAGUUGAAUUACACCAGUUCACCCUCUUCUUUAACAUAUUAAGUACAGAGUGAAUCGUCCGUGUCUUUCCAUUCACGUCAAAUGACCCUGAAGCGUUCUCGAUUAUCCUCAAAAUUUGUUCAAAUUAUUACGUAAAAACUAGAAACAUUGAAUACUUGAAUGGUGUACAUCUUAUUUUACAGUAUUUCAAAAGUUUACACGUUAGGGCUAGUUUAUGGUACACCUUUUAAAAGAAUGGUUUCCGAUGAAUGACGCGGGCCUGAAUGGAAAGAUAGCGACGGGCACCGGUGUACGUCGCAACACUAAACGCGUUUAAAUAUGCAUAAGGCUAGAAUUUGAAGCCGUACCGCUGAAUUCAGUUUUUUGUUUUCGUAUAAUAUUAUCAUCGACACGCGAACAAGCUGCCAGAGGCAGCGCCGAUUCUCUCGAAGUUGUAGGUGUGGAACGCCAGCCUAUCGCUGAUACUGCUCUUUGCCACGCUGAUAAAGUGCGUGUCUGGUCGUAAUGCUGCGUCGCGCGAUUCAUUGAAACCUUCUCACGAGAUUACGAGCGGUGAUUGUUUUGCUAAAGUCUCGCAAAGGGGACGGUCUUCUAAACAAAAAAUUACCGUUUUAAUUUGUACCUGUGUGUUUUGUGGAAACGUAUAAGCGCGUAUUUUCUCCCACUUUUGUUUCUUCUAGAAAAAGAAAUUCUUUUUUUUUUUUACGUAGCAAUGCGUCGUAUCUUUCGUUGCAUACCAAGUGCAGCUGUAGAUUUCUAUUAACGGUCGUUGGUGAGGCUUCUGUGACAUGCCGCCUCUGCAUCGGACAAUUUAAUUCAUUGACGGAUCAUCAUCGAUGGAAAAGUACUUACAUACUGGUCGUGUCGUUUUCGUUUAGUCUCGCGAGAUACGCAAGGAUAAGAGGGAACUGUCCUCGGCUCCACGCUUGGAGACGCGUUCGCCUCUCUUGGAAGACGACGGAUAAUUGUGUACCGGCGAUUUCCAUGUACGGUGCGAUCGGCAGACACGGAGUUGUGUGCCGCAGGCUAAGAAACUGGUAGGAAACUCUCGUGCAACGCGAACUUUCGGAAAAGUACAAUUCAAGGUCUGAUUGUUGAUUCUUAAAAAAACGCGUGAAAUGAAAAACAUGCGGAUUCGGGCCAGAAAAAUUAUCGAACCGUUGAUACCAGUAUAUCUGUCCAGAAAAUAUUUUUGUAUCGUUUCAAAAUGGAAUUGUGUUUUACUUUUAAAGAGAAACGCAAUUCAUAACCAUUCCAAAGAAAUGCUAGACCGCGAAACGACGUUGUUCUUCGUUUUCAUUUUGGGGAACGAAAGUAGCUCAUACAUAUAGCCAGAGAGAAAAGGGGGAAAAGGUGAAGAGAAUACGUGGAAUAGGCUCAGAACGCAUGAAGGAUCGAUCCAGAUAUUUGGUGAUAUAAAUAGAGCGGUCACCGUAAAAUAGACGCGAGGGAGUAAUUCUGCGACGGAAGAUAAGCAGUUUCCCCAACGGCUCCUGCACUUUACCUUUCUUCCUAUUUCUUCUUUCAUCCCUUUUUUUAUCUUCACCUCUGAGAAACUCGAUCUCUAUGUGUUCGUCGCAAAACUGCGUUUAUCAUCUUCGUCGCUUCUCUAUAAUAGCGCACAUGUGUUGUUACUUUCAACUCUGUUUCAUUUUCUUAUCAACUCGUUUAUCUUGGAACUCCCAGUUUUCGUUAAUUAUAAUUUACUAUUUAUAAACAAAUACGAACGUGGAAGCUGUAAUUCCUGAAAGAUUUUACAUUCCAACUCUCCCUCCCAGUACGCAUCAUAAACUUUGUACUCUUUGUUUACUGCUACGACGUGCUUCUCCGUCAUUUUUGCGCGUGGUAGAUAACCUUAAAUCGUAUUUGCUUGCACGCGCGUAUUUUCGUAUAUUGAUUGCAUCUGUAGCAUGUGCUAUCAGAUUUGCAUGUACAAUCAUAUUCGUUCCUAUUUCUCUCUUAAUCUAUUUAAUUAUCUCGUAGAAAAUUUUGUAAAAAAUUCUAUGUAAAAAUGACUGUUUUCUCGAUGAACACAGCGUAGUCUGAGAUUUGCACACUGAAGAAAAUCUGUGACAUACAAUUGCGCGCCAGUUUCUAGAUGCCUCAAAAAUUGAUCUGCGUAUCACCGACCCCGAUCGCCUUUGCAUUCGACUUUGCGAUCGUGACGCAUUAAGUGAUCGAUUCCCCUCUAAUAAACGUAAUUCAUUGAUGUUUUAGUAAUGAAGUGCUUAUAAAUUCCUUUUGCUCCAAGAUUGUACGUUGAAUGUUUAUUAAAGGCAUUGUUCAAGCUUAAUCCCGGAAGAUGAUAAAGCAUUGGGAAUUACUUGCUAUUGCGAAGGACACUGUCCGGACGAUCGACAGAACGGGACUUGCGAAGGAAGACCCGGUGGACAUUGUUUCAGUGCAGUUGAAGAAGUUUGGGAUACAGAAUCGAAAGAAUUUGUGCCUGAAUUGUCAUUUGGGUGUUUACCACCGGAUGAACAAGGUUUCAUGCAAUGCAAAGGGUACCUUGUGCCACAUUUACAAGGAAAAAGUAUAAAAUGUUGUAAUAAGAGUGCACUUUGUAACAAAAAUUUGAUUCCUGAUUAUAUACCCAGACCUACUGUGCCUCCUAAUCAUGUGGCCAUAGCAUCGGGUGCACCUCUUAUAAUAUUAGCUACCAUUUUGUCUGUAUGCUUAAUGGUAAUUUCUAUAGCUAUGGUGAUCAUAUAUCACAGAUACAGAAGAAAAGAAAGAGGCCCGUGUCUAAUGCCUUCUCAAGGUACCCUUAAAGACUUUAUAGAUCAGAGUAGUGGUUCUGGAUCAGGUUUACCUCUGUUAGUACAACGAACUAUAGCUAAACAGUUAGCUUUAUCUCAAUGUGUUGGGAAAGGUCGUUAUGGCGAAGUAUGGCUUGCAAGAUGGAGAGGAGAGAAAGUGGCUGUAAAAGUGUUUUUCACGCUGGAAGAAGCUUCUUGGUUCAGAGAAACCGAGAUUUAUCAGACGGUAUUGAUGAGACACGACAACAUUUUAGGAUUUAUUGCAGCCGAUAUCAAAGGAACAGGAUCCUGGACACAAAUGUUACUAAUCACAGAUUAUCAUGAAAGAGGAUCAUUGCACGAUUACUUACAAACUACUGUUUUGGAUCAUCCUAGUCUAUUAGCAAUUUCUCUUUCGAUUGCUUCUGGAAUUGCUCAUCUUCAUACAGAGAUCUUUGGCACACGCGGAAAGCCUGCUAUAGCACACAGAGACAUCAAAAGUAGAAAUAUUUUAGUAAAGAGAAACGGUGAAUGUGCAAUUGCUGAUUUCGGUUUGGCAGUAAGAUACAUAAGCGAAAGCGGAGAAAUUGAUAUCGCCCUUAAUACGCGAGUGGGUACUCGUCGAUAUAUGGCUCCAGAAGUCUUGGAUGAAACCUUAAAUACAUCUUCUUUCGAUGCCUUUAAAAUGGCAGAUAUGUAUUCUGUAGGUCUUGUGCUUUGGGAAGCAUGUAGACGAUGCGUCACAGGUGGUAAAAAUUCUAUGGUAGAACCAUACGCCUUACCUUAUCAUGACGUUGUACCGAGUGAUCCAGACUUUGAAGAUAUGCGACUAGCAGUUUGCGUAAAACGGUUGCGUCCGCUAAUACCAGCACGAUGGGAGAAUGAUCCAAUCCUAUUUGCUCUAAGUAAACUUAUGGCCGAGUGCUGGCAUGCAAAUCCUGCCGUUCGUUUAACAGCACUACGUGUAAAAAAGACAAUGUCAAAACUACAUAUUGAUAAUGCCAUCAAAAUUGUGUAGUGCUUGAUAAUAUUUCUCGAAACUGUUAUUUUAUUUCUCAUAGCUAAAAAAAACUCCCCUUGUAAAUAUGAUCCCAGUGUACAUAGAAUUAUUGACAGACUGCAAGCCUGAAGACUGAGUACUAAGAUUUACAUAUACUUGAAAACGUAUGAAUGUGGGAAUUCGUAUGAUUAAUAGAUGAUUAAUAGCAAGUCAUGAAAGUAAUUAUGAAUGAGUCCACGUUGUGUAUGUAUAUUUUUUGUUUUUAUGUGAAUCGCGACAAAAUACGAUAAUGUCAAUGUGUUUUGACGUGCUUCACUGUGUUGAAGUUUGUUGAGUAUAUAAUCAGUGAUGGCUACUACUUAGAGAAGAUAUUGUUUAGGAAAAAACCUGUCCUGAGUUCUAGACGCGCGUGAGCUUAAAAAGAGACAUUAAAGUAAAUUUAGCAAACGGUAAAAGAUAUUUCUAGAGUGAAAGCCAUUUUGAUAAUAGCAUUUAAAUUUAGUCUAUUCUAAUAUUACGAGAUUUUGAUACUCAUACGCAUUGAAAUCCUGUUGUUACAAAGCUGUGCUAAUUUACAUUUAUAUGUCUCUAAAAUGUUUAUCGUCGAAAGUUACGAUAUUAUAAUAUGCAUACUAUUUCAGUUACGAACUGAUACAUUUGCAGGAUAUAUACAGUUUUAUAUUGUUUAGAAAUUCAGUACUAUCAAGAUAAUUCUUACGUUAGGAACAUUCUUAAAUAUAAGUAUUCUGAAUAUUCUCUUAUGUUAGAAUAUCUUGGAAUGCUAGAUAAAUUUUACACGGAUUUUUAUGUUCUACAUAUUUAACUAUCAUUCUGUAUUCAUCAAUUUCGUUACGUUUACUUUUAAAUCUAUUCUAAAGCAGAAAAAUUACUUUUUAUCAAUGUUAUUUUCACUUGUUAUUGACUCUAAAGUACUGUAUCUCAUAUAUGACCCUGUAUUAUCUGUACAGUAUGUAAUUUAUGUUUCUAUUUUGUACAAAUGGGAUAUAUUAAUUAUUUAGUUUAAGAACGAUUUUAAGUACAUUGUCGAUUGUCCAGAUUAUAAAAGUUUCUUUUAAUAAUGAAAAAUGCACUCGUGGCAAUAUUUUUGACAGUCUGAUAAUUUUAAUAUGUUCUUGUUAAAAAUAUAAACAAUAUGUUUCAACUUGUUUUAAAUAAAUAAUGAUUAGGCAUAUCUAUAAAUCUUAUGAGGGCUGUAGAUGAAAAAAAUAUCCACUAAAAAAUCCUAGCAAAUUGUUAUUAUAAUAGCUAAUUAUGUAUCUGGGCUUUCGAUUAUCGA